GAGAGGCCGGUGUGCUCGCCGGGAGUCCGGCCAUGUUCUGAGGGAGACCUCCUGGACUCGGAUCCACCCAUCGCAGGUGUGCGUGAAGAAAUCGCCUUCCUGGCAUCCCCUGCGAAGCCCUUGAAUCAUGGCAAGUCCAAGAACACGGAAAGUUCUCAAGGAAGUCAGAGCACAAGAUGAGAACAAUGUCUGUUUUGAGUGUGGUGCAUUUAACCCCCAGUGGGUGAGUGUGACCUAUGGAAUUUGGAUCUGUCUUGAGUGCUCAGGAAAACACCGAGGCUUGGGAGUUCACCUCAGUUUUGUGCGUUCUGUAACCAUGGACAAAUGGAAGGAUAUUGAGCUGGAGAAAAUGAAGGCUGGAGGCAAUAGCAAAUUUCGAGAGUUCUUGGAGUCCCAAGAUGACUAUGAUCCCUGCUGGUCAAUGCAAGAGAAGUACAACAGCAAAGCUGCAGCUCUGUUUAGAGAUCAGGUGGCUACAGUAGCUGAAGGCAAGGAGUGGUCCAUUGAAACUUCUCCUGCCAGGAACUGGACCCCACCUCAGCCUAAAAUGUCUCUGUCUUCAACUCAUCGUUCUGCUGGACAAUCUCAGACUGCAACUGCCUCUUCCGACAAGGCUUUUGAAGACUGGUUGAAUGAUGAUGUCAACUCCUACCAAGGCAGCCAAGAGAAUCGCUAUGUGGGGUUUGGAAAUACAGUAAACCCUCCCAAAAAAGAGGAUGACUUCCUGAAUAAUGCUAUGUCUUCAUUGUACUCGGGAUGGAGCAGUUUUACGACUGGAGCAAGCAAAAUUGCCUCAGCUGCUAAAGAGGGUGCUACCAGGUUUGGAUCUCAAGCAAGUCAAAAGGCAUCAGAGUUAGGUCAGACAUUAAAUGAAAAUGUUCUCAAACCUGCACAGGAAAAGGUGAAAGAGGGGAAAAUAUUUGAGGAAGUCACCGUGGGGGUAUCACAGUUGGCCAGCAAGGUUCAGGGAGUUGGAAGUAAGGGAUGGCGAGACGUCACCACUUUUUUUUCUGGCAAACCGGAUGACAAAUCUGAAAGACCAGCUGAGGGAGACAGCUACCAGAACAGUGGAGGGGAGGGCUACCAGAACAAUGCUGUAGAUCAAAGCUUCUGGGAGACCUUUGGCAACUCAGAUCCACCAAAAGCUCAUAAAUCUCCAAGCAGUGAGAGCUGGACCUAUGUGGACAAUUCCACAGAGAAGAAGAGCUCUGAUAGCUGGGACGUGUGGGGCUCAGGAACAGCCUCCAACAACAAGAACAGUAACAGCGACAGUUGGGAAAAUUGGGAGACCAACUGGGAAAACACAGGAGGGGAGAGCAAGACCAAAAAACCUCCUAAGGCAACAAAAAAGGCAUCUUCAGCUGAUGAUGGGUGGGAUAACCAGAACUGGUAGAACUCUGUUAACCUGGUUUUGCACAGCUAGGAAAGGGAGGCUAUGCUGGCUGAUUGAGGGGAGAAAGUUUUACACACAACUGGAGUAUCUUGGUUGACCUUACUGAUCUGUUACUUUUGUGCUUCCCAUUCAUUCUCCUUUCUUCUAUCUUGGUUUAGGAAAAAAAGAGUAGCAUCCGAGUCUUUUAUUACAUAAAUGUGUCUCUCCCUUUUUUUAAGGAUAGCGAUAACUUUAUUCUCCUUGCACUAUUUAAGCAGGGUACAGUGAUUUUCUUAACAUGAAUUUUCAAAGGAAGAAAAUCAGUGCAAGCACACUUUCAUGGCACAACCUUGCAUGUGUAGGUCAAGAGGUAUUCAUCCAGUCCUCACAUAAUUUGAGAUGAUCUGAGGCAUUUAAUGCAAACGAAGAACAGGGUAUGUCUUGAAGAGAUAGCCAUUAAGUAAGCAAACUGCGGUUGACUGCCUUAUGGAUUGCUUUGGCCAUUUUAAGUCUGGCAAUUCAAGAUGGUCUUUAAGAUACUUUUUAUUGGAGCAUUGUUUUUAAACUUCAUGAGGGUUUGGGGAUUUUUUGUUUGGGGUUCUUUUUUAAGUCUUUUAAAUCUGAUUUUCUUCCCUUAGAAUUAAUAAGGAAUCUAGAGCUAGGUGAUUAUUUGUGUAAACUCAUAGUUUUGACCUAAGCUAUCAAGGGAUGUCCAGAGUGGCUCUACUUGCCCUUCUUGCUCAGUGGGUUAAGAGUUUGCGCAGUGCAGCUCUCCUACACAGAUAAAAAGCAAAGCAGUGACGUUCUUGUUCCCUGCAUAUGCCCUUCCCCCAGUUUGAGUAUUUUAUAUAGUCUGUUUUUUCUCUGUCUUCGUUCUACCAAUCUAUUUUAUCUAUUCUGAUAAAAAUGAAAUCUUUCUGCUGCUUAUGGUCUUUCGGACAUCUGUUUGGCAACUUGGCAGUGAAACAAAUGUAUAAAAAAGAUUCCAGUAAGAAAAAAUGGGUGGAAAAUAUGAGAACAUUGAGGAGAGAGGCUGGCAGCAAGCCCCUUUCAAGAUGAGUAGAUGUCUGGAUUUAAUAGUAACAUUUAAAUUAAGCAGAUGUUUUCCAAAUUUAUCUUUAAUAUGUCAAACUAUCUCUGUUUCUAUCAUGUAUUUCUCUACAUUUUCUUGCUGGACCUUGUUAAAGAAACACUAUUUCAGAAACUGUAGAAACUCCUUGUCAGCAUUAAGGAAUGGAAUAGAAGAUUCAAUUAUGUCUCAGUUUUGACCCAACAAAUUGCUUUGCAUGACACAAACCAUAACUCCUAUGGAAGAAUUGUGAGUUUAACAACAAAGGUGUCCUAUGUAUCCCAUUUUGUUUUUGAGGGUAGGUUGUAAAUGUACAGCCUGAAGACAAUCAGCUCACUGGAAAACUUCAAAUCAUGUUGCCAUUGCAUAGCCUGCUUUACUACAAGCAUGGAUUUCUUUACCAUGGAUCCUGUAAUCUUAAUGCGUACCUACAAAGCCUUUUUCUUUUUAAAAUAAGUUAAUUUGUUCAAGCAAACAACCAAUUUAAGUUGUCAAAGUUACCUUAAAUAAUGCUUUGUUUCUUUUUCUCUUCACCAAGGUUUUUGAUCUUACGGUAAUAUCAAGAGGUUAAAAAGGAAGGAAAAUCACGCAUCACCUCAAAAGUAGCAGAUUUUAAAGGCUUAAGUCUAAGUAGAAGUAGCUCUAUUUAUAGCCUGAUUCUGUAUUUCUGUUAGUAGGAUCUUUCAGAUAGUGAACAAAAUAUUUUUCUAGUCUUGAGUAGCCCUGUCCUGCAAGAGCUGCGAUUUCUUUUUUAUCCCCUUGCUUCUACUGAUAGCGUGGUUUCUGAAGCUCGUGCGGCAGGUCCCAGUGCUGCUCACGACCCAAGCACUGCUCUGGGCUGAGCCGUGCAAGGCGCCCCAGGCGCUCUUGCUGACACACUGACCCUUUGGAAGUGCCGAGGGCAUGAGAGGUCUCGGUUUACAGUGCCGCUUGUGGUACUAUUGGCAGAAGUUUACAGCCUAACUGUAAAGCAAGGAUUUUGUUCUGCUUUUUCGCCAGUUCCAAACAACCCUUGUCAUAGUUUAAUUGCAUGUCAAACAUAACUUUGUAUUUUUAUGCGUACACCUCUGUUGCCUACUUGUCACUUGUCCGCUGCCCAGUAUGAAACUGUAAUGCAUGUACUCCGAAGGCGGUGCUGUGUGAUGUAUGUGCAGUGGCGCUGCCCAGUCCUCGACUAACGGUUAGUCUUUGUGAAGUGUUGCAGUAGCGGUGAUGGCAAAACGCAUCCGAUGGGUUGCACUGUCUGACUGCUGGUGUCUGUCUGGAGUGAUGUGAAGCUGAUUCAGCUUCCUGUGUACAAAUUUAUUACAGUUUCUCUUUCAUAAACCUCCUGAAAUAGCUCGUAGCAGGAUAAGCUUUAUUUCAGUCCAUUCAAUCAACGGUAUUGUGAUGUGUAUGUGUACGUUCUCCUCAGCUGUGUGGUUUGCCUAGGAGAAAACUGGUUUGUUUAUGUAUCACUUGCAGCUACAAUUGGCAUGAGCCAUUUGCUUGUUCUUCUGGUUUUAUUUUUGUAUCUCUUGAAACUUCAUGUUCUAAAUUAAACGGCCAGAGCCCUACUCAGGCAGAAGCUUUGGGUAAUGAUUUUUCUUCCAGUUGAGGAGACAGUGACAGAGCAGUUGCUGUCUCUUGUUGCCUCCCUACAGCACUGCAAAAAAAAAAAAAAGCUACAACUCCCAGAAAGGUGUUAAUGGAAGAUACUAAAAACCAAUAGAAAGGCAGAAAGUGUAACUGCAGCCACAAAACUAGUAUGCCAGCUGGUCCGGUUUGCCAGGCGAAUCGGUACUUUUUUUGACUUGUCGGAAUCUGAGCAUUUUACCGUGUCUUCCAGCGGAGAAGAUGAAACGAGGGCAUUUUCUUUUGCAAAGCCUCAGUUUUAUUGGAUCGUACUUUUUUAGUGGAAAUGGCCGGGAAGUUUCUGCAGUUUGGUGGAAUGCAUGCAGUCAAGGUGCAUGUGUGGAGCGAGUGUUUAUGAAUUAGACCUUUUUUUUUUUUUAAUCCCCUCUUCUCUCCCCAAAUCUUUUUUUGGCCUGAUCGUGAAUGCUGUAAACAGGCAUUGAGUGCAGCCUGCUGGAGCUGAGGCCACCUGUCUAAGCGAAGAUAUGGCUGUUGAAUCUGAGUGAGCAUGUGGAUUGGCAGGGUUUUAGGGUCACUCACUGUGUGCUUCACCUCUUUGGUGGAUGAAGAGGGCUCCGCUUUCCUUUCAAUCCUACACCGUGUUUUAACAAAUUUAAGUCAUACAAGCAAAUUGCCAGGAGAGAGUGCAGAAGGUGAAACAGCUACUGCAACAGUUGGACACUGCAGUGCUGGGUUUAAAUUUCCUAGUGUUUCCAGCCGGUUUAUUCCUUUGUAUGGCUUCAACUUUGGAAAAUACAGAGCAGCGGGAUUCCUACAGGUAGUGUGAAAUAAGAAAAACUUCAAGACAUUCAAACUAAGUGCCACUUGCCAAAGAGUGAAAGUCUUAGAGAAUGUUCCUCAAUCAGGAACCUAAUCCUAGGAGUUAGGGAUUGUUUUUAAAUGUUUCAUUUGUGUCUUGAAACCUGUUAAUAAUUAUAACAUUUCAGGAAGCGCUUGGCCUGCUCUCCCUCAUAGUUGAGACCUCAAGGAUGAUGUUGCUGCUUUUAUUUUCCAGGCCAGACUGUGUAACAUUCCAUGGGUUCAUAAUGUAUUUAUCAGUGUAAUGAUCUGUGCAAUAAUUUAACAAGUGUAGGUAAAAACUUUGUUUAACCCAGGAUACAUUUAAAGAUACAGUGGUCCUCUUGGAGAAUAGCAGUCUGUCAAGGUAUUUCAGUUCUUGCCUUACUGCGGGGAUACUAAAUUUCAGUAACCCUGUUAAGAAAGGAUUGAGCAAUCGGUGACUUAAACAGAAAUCAAGAAACAUUUUGAUGUCCAUUAUUAGAGUUUGAUUGUAAUGGCUUAGUGACCUCUAGGUAUAGAGCCCUCUUUCAUUUUCAUGCCAGCAGAAACUUGGUCAGUAUGGAGUACUGUAUCUUUAAUUUUCCUGAUGUGUUUUAUGUGACGUUCACAGGAAUGGCAAUUUCGGUGAACACUAUUCAUUGUUCUGUGGAGUGGUACCGGACUUGAACUGCAGUGUCAUCUUUUAAAGAGCAUUGUAAUAAAGCAAAGAGAUACGGAGCAGAA